UAAAAUAGAGAAUUAAAAGACAAUGAAGGAACCUGAAGUGGAUCCGAAGAAUAUUAUAAAAAGCAGAGAAUUGCUUUAUAGACUUAUGAUCAGUCAAUUAUUUUAUGACGGACACCAAACAUUGGCUGUACAACUGUCGAAUAUAAUUCAAGCAGAACCUCCGUGCCCACCAUCCGAUCGUCUGCUUCAUUUAAUGUUAAUCGGGUUAGCCCAUGAACCUGAUCGUUCUAAAAAGGAUACAAGUAAUUUAUCCACAUUUGCCUCUACAUUUGACAAUACUUUGGGACCUGGGCUUGAUUUGGAAUUUGAAACAGAAGCUCAGACUCAAGCUCCAGAACCGGCUCAGUACGAAACUGCCUAUGUGACCUCUCACAAAGGAAAUUGUAGAGCCGGAGCAUUCUCUGCGGAUGGUCAGUUAAUAGCAACCGGAUCUGUAGACGCGUCGAUAAAAAUUUUGGAUGUAGAUAGAAUGCUGGCUAAGUCGGCACCCGAUGAAAUGGCACCUGGAGAUCAAACGGGUGGUCAUCCAGUUAUAAGAACAUUGUACGAUCAUUUAGAGGAAGUGACGUGUUUAGAGUUUCAUCCAAGAGAGCCUAUUCUUGUGUCAGGAAGCAGAGACUUUUCCAUUAAGCUGUUUGAUUUCAGCAAAGCUAGCGUUAAAAAAGCAUUUAGAACUAUUACAGAUGCAGAUCAAAUACGUUGUUUAUCUUUUCAUCCGACCGGUGAUUUUUUGGUUGUUGGAACAAAUCAUCCGGUUGUAAGACUGUACGAUGUUAAUACAGCACAGUGCUUUGUCUGUAGUAUACCAAGCCAUCAACAUACCGCUGGAAUAACCAGCAUAAAGUAUUCCCCAGAUGCAAAAACUUACGCGUCAGCCGGUAAAGACGGCAGUAUUAAGUUGUGGGAUGGUGUAUCAAAUCGAUGCAUAAAUACAUUUGUGAAAGCACACGAUGGUUACGAAGUAUGUUCAGUAACGUUCACAAGAAAUGGAAAGUAUUUAUUGUCAUCAGGGAAAGAUUCUUUGAUAAAAUUAUGGGAACUGUCUACUAGUAGAUGUUUAAUAGCGUAUACAGGUGCUGGAACUACAGGCAAACAAGAACAUAAAGCCCAAGCUAUUUUCAAUCACACUGAAGAUUAUGUAAUGUUUCCUGACGAAGCUACAACAUCAUUAUGCGCGUGGAAUUCUCGAAAUGCAUCGAGGAAACAAUUAUUAUCAUUGGGACAUAACGGUCCAGUAAGACUGAUCGUUCAUUCUCCGACCGCUCCAGCUUUCUUAACGUGCAGCGAUGAUUUCAGAGCAAGAUUUUGGUUUAGAAGAAUGCCGACACAUUAGAUUGGCAUUUGAAAGACAAAUAACUAGAUAUAUGUAUAGAAGCAUACAAAUUUAAUAACUAAUUCACAGUUACACACAGUAUUUAAUUGCCGUAUAUUGAAGCGACAACAUAAUGCCGUAUGUUGAAGCGACCAAGGUUUAUUUCUAUAAUUUAUGAUAAACUGAUAUACCAUCUACAAUAAUUAAAAUAUCAACUAUUGUACGCA